UAAACACACGUGAUCUGGAUACCUAAAACACUGUGACAGCGGAAGUUAGGAAGGUUGGGAAAAGUAAUUCGUUAUUUUUGUUGUUUCAUUUUGAAAGCAUCAGCCACACUGUCAACAUCUUGUUGAGGAUUGCAAUGGAAACCUAACAGCAGAAGCCAUGACACCUUUCUUGAGCCUCGCCUUAUUUGUUGCCCUGUUCUUGCUCAACUCAGAUCGCAUUCAGAAAGCCAUUGAGAUAUGUAGCGAAUGUUUGAUUUUGCUAAAUGGCACCGAUCAAAACAGCAAAGACCAAUUUGAUUCAGCAAUGCUACAAUUUUACAGCGACAUCUAUACCAUUCUUUUCAGCGCUUAUCGUCAUAUCUCUGACUACAUAAGUGCGGAAAGAUACGGAAGGAAACUGUUUGACUUAUACAGAGGGUAUGGAAUUAUGCUUUAUAAACUUGGCGAAAGCCUAAAAGCAAAGAAAUAUUUUGAGAGGGCCCUUGCCAUAACAACCAAAAUUGGGGACAGAGAGGGGGAAGCAUCAUGUUAUGGAAACCUAGGUGCCGUGUUUAGGUCGCUUGGCCAAUACGACAAGGCUGAAGAGUAUCUUCAAAAAGCGCUUGUCAUCACAACUGAAAUUGGCGACAGACGAGAGGAAGGAUCAUGUUAUGGAAACCUAGGUACUGUGUUUUGGUCGCUUAGCCAAUACGACAAGGCUGAAGAGUAUCUUCAAAAAGCACUUGUCAUCAGAACUGAAAUUGGCGACAGACAAGGGGAAGGAUCAUGUUGUGGAAACCUCAGUACUGUGUUUCUGUCCGUUGGCCAAUACGACAAAGCUGAAGAGUAUCUUCAAAAAGCGCUUCUCAUCACAACUGAAAUUGGCGACAGACGAGGGGAAGGAUCAU